GCCAGGCUGCUGAGAAGCACGCAGGAGGCACCUCACCAACUGCUACUGAAACGCACACACAUAGCUAUCUUGCCUGCUUUCUGACUCUAUUGCUUCUUUCAUCCCAUGAGUGAGGGCUGGAGUACACAAGAAGCUGGCUGCAGUCAGAGGAUAGAAUUGGUAUCUUUAUGACCAAUUCUUUCUCCAUGGAUUUGAAGGACAGCACUAGUGAGGGAAGUCUAGGGAGCCUUCAGCCUUCCAGCCUCCAAAUUUUUGCUAACACCUCAACCCUACAUGGAAUCCGCCAUAUCUUUGUUUAUGGACCUAUGACUGUGCGGCGGGCUCUAUGGGCUCUAGCGUUUGUAGCUUCCCUGGGCCUCCUCUUGGUAGAGAGCUCUGAGCGAGUGAUUUACUACUUUUCUUAUCAGCAUAUUACCAAGGUGGAUGGGCUGGUUGCUAACAGCUUGGUCUUUCCAGCUGUCACCAUCUGCAACUUUAAUGGGUUCCGCUUCUCCCGUCUCACCACCAAUGAUCUGUACCAUGCUGGUGACCUUCUAGCUUUGCUGGAUGUGAAUUUACAAAUCCUUCAUCCCCAUCUUGCUGACCCAACAGUCCUAGCCAUAUUGCAAGAGAAAACCAACUUCCAGCACCAUCGAGCCAAGGUCUUCAGCAUGAGUGAGUUCCUAGGGCGUGUGGGCCAUGACAUGAAGGAGAUGCUGUUGUACUGCAAGUUCCGGGGGCAGGAGUGCAGCCACAAGAAUUUUACAACGGUGAGUACAAGGAACAGAUUUACUUUCUUAUUACCUUAAUAAUGGUUACGGUUACAAUGGGAUGUACCUAGAAUUGGUAAUUAUAUUUAUCCUGGCUUCUCUUGGUGAGAUAGCAGUUUUGAACUGAAGUAUGCUUGGUAUCCUUGUGGCAAAUUUUGGAGAUUUAAAAUGGGAAGUCGAUUCAAAUUAAGGAAUUAAGGACUGUUUCCUGGGAGAUUUUAACUAGCUCUAGUUAUUGGCCUGUUCAGACCCUUGAUGAAAGGAAUGACAAUACUCAAUUACACUUUGAUUUCCUCAAGGAAACUAGCUUAUUUUGCUGUUGAAUGAUGACUGGCAGCAAAGCAGUAUUCAAAUAAUACAGUAAAUUCUGGAUGAUAUGGUUAAUAUAUACCCCACUGGUUGACAAUGACUUACAACUUAGAUCCUUUUAUUCCUUUCUCUCUUGGUAACAAUUAUUUCCCAUUUCAUAUGAAGUUUUUUCCUGAUCCCUGCACAAGAUUCUGUAAUUGGAUAGCUUGGGACAAUGUUUCAUGGUAAUAAUUUAGUGUUGGUGACCUACCUCUGAUUUGUGGUUUAGAAGAAGUGUAGAGUUUUAUGAGCAUUAGGGAGUGAAAUAUGGAGCCUGUUUCAUGCUGAAUACACUCACCUGUCCUAUUUCAUUUCUUCUAAAUGUUGAGUAAUGGGCAACAAGAUGAAGAUGUAGAUGGUAGGAUUUGUAUUGUUUCAGUUCUCAUUGGCCAUAUGCAUUCAUCAUUUCAUAAUUGCAGCAUCAAUUGUUGACUUUCAAAUGUAUGAAUGAAGUAUGAGAAUAAAUAUAAAAUAUUAAUAUCUUGAUUACUACAACAUAGUAAAUACAAUAUUUUUCAGUUGACUUGCUUCAUACAUCAUCCCCAGCAAAUCUCCAAGUAAUGGUGGAACUAAAUAAUGCAUAAACAUAGAAAUUAAGUAGAUCUAGGCCUGGAACUAAAAAGGAAGUGACUUGUUUCAUAGCUAUGGCUAGUUGCCAUUAAAGAUGAGGAUCAAGAUCAGAAAAACAAGAUGACUA